AUGGCACAAAUCCUUCGCCUUGCAGUUUCCCAAUCGCAUACCCUCCAGACCACCCCUCAAACCCUCGCUGCCCUCGAAGCAACUGCCAAAAAGGCCGCCUCCCAAUCCGUCGACCUCAUCCUCUUUCCAGAGGCAUAUCUCGGUGGCUAUCCCCGUACCGCAACAUUUGGGGCCGCAAUAGGCGCGCGAAAACCUGAAGGUAGAGAGCAAUUCCUACAUUAUUUCAAGGAUGCGGUAGAUUUGGGCGAUACACCUGAAGGUGCAGGAAAGAGGUGGGUUGAUCGGGAGCUCGAGCGACCCAAAGAGGGAGUGAGGGGCGACGGGACACGGGAGGAGUUGGAAAGGAUUGCAAGGGAGACGGGGGUGUUUGUUGUUACGGGGCUGGUAGAGCGAUGUGCGGGCACGUUAUACUGUGCUUCUGUAUAUGUGUGUCCACGGCUUGGAGUUCUAGGGAAGAGGAGGAAGGUCAUGCCUACGGGCAGUGAGCGGUUGAUUUGGGGACAAGGACAGCCUUCCUCGCUACGCGCGGUUACGACGAUUAUUAAGGAUGUGAGGCUGACGCUUGCUUCUGCGAUUUGUUGGGAAAACUAUAUGCCGUUGCUGCGACAAUCGCUCUACAGCCAGAAUGUCAAUCUUUAUCUGGCGCCUACUGCCGAUGCUAGGGAUACGUGGCUGCCGCUGAUGAGGACAAUUGCCUGUGAAGGACGAUGUGUGGUAUUGAGUGCCAACCAAUGCAUGACCAAGUCCAAUUUACCGACUUGGAUCACGGAGUAUGAUGGAGAGGAAGCUUCCAUCGAUAGCAGUCCUGGAACAAAUGGUCUUCAGAAUCCAUUGGGAGUGCGAGGCAAAUCGACAUGUACGGAAAAGGGCCAUGAGAUUGCUCUCCGCGAAUUCAAGGACUCCAGUGAUGUACCUAUCCCGUCGAGCACUCUACCUAAAGGACAGGAUUUGACUGGUGCCAUUGAGACACCGCUAGCGAAAAAGGAUCCAUCCGAGUUCGUGUGUAGAGGAGGCUCAUGCAUCAUUUCACCUCUCGGGGAUGUGCUUGUGGGACCGUUGUGGGAUGAUGAGAACGGGCUGCUGACUACUGAUAUUGACUUUGAGGACUGCGUUCGGGGACGCUUAGAUCUCGAUGUUGGGGGAAGUUAUUCCAGUCAACAUCGCUUAAGGCCCAAGCUCGGAGCCCGAGUGCAGCUAAACGCCAUUCAUCGACAUGCCAGCUCUUCUGUUUACCCGAAAGAUUCACCUUCAGUCACAGCAUCUGUCCAGUCCAAACAAGCUUCUCUUCGCAAUAAUUCGAAGUUUGAUUUACAGCUUCAAGAGGACGGAAAUCUAAGACGCGCUGUUGAGCGCGCCUCUACCCCAUCCCGAUGGCAUGUUUAUUCCUUCUUCUCAAAAUCUUCCCUUCGCCAUCUUUCAAACACUGACUGCAAUGCAAAACAGUCUUCCUCUGAUACAGCAGGCUCAGGUACUGCUACGAAUUCAACCAAGAACAGUUCCUCCGUAUCUGCGUUCCUCGCGACACUGAUACCAGUUGGUAUCCAAGCUGGCGCAUUCGUGGUUCUCUUCUUGAUCCUUAGACCGAAGCAGAAACGCGUUUACCAACCGCGUACAUAUCUAGAGACCCUCUAUCAGAGCGAGAAAACAGAAGAGGUUCCAUCAGGGAAGUUCAACUGGCUCAAGCCGUUCAGUGACCUCUCGGAUGAAUAUGUUCUCAACCACCAGUCUCUCGAUGGCUAUCUAUACCUCAGGUUUAUCAAGAUGCUGACAGUCAUCUGCUUCGUUGGCUCUUGCAUAACAUUCCCGAUCUUGUUUCCGGUCAAUGCAACGGCUGGUGGUACCGCUCAGCAGUUUGAUCUCUUGUCCUUUGCGAACAUCCCAAAGAAUGGCAAGAACAGAUACUAUGCACAUGUUUUCGUUGCCUGGAUAUUCUUCAGCUUUGUGAUGUAUGUUAUUACUCGCGAGACCAUUUACUUCAUCAACAUUCGCCAUGCAUACCUUCUCUCGCCAUUUAACUCCACGCGGAUCUCAUCCCGUACAGUCCUUUUCACUGACGUGCCGGCCGAAUAUCACAACCAAGAGAACCUAGCCGCUUUGUUUGGUGGAUCAAUGAGGAGAUCCUGGUUGGUGACAGAUUGCAAGGAAUUGGCGGAAAAAGUUGAAGAGCGAGACAAGGAUGCGAUGAAACUUGAGAGUGCCGAAAUCAAGCUGGUUCAGACUGCCAACAAGAGGAGACUGAAGUGGGAGAAGAAGAAUGACAGUAGAAAGGACGCACCAGCAGCCCCUGCUGAUGGCGCAGAUGCCGAAAUGGCCUUCCCAGGCGCGCGAUAUAUGAAAGACGGAGAUCGCCCAAAACAUCGUCUCGGCAAGAUUCCGUUGAUUGGCAAGAAGGUUGAUACUAUCACAUGGUGCCGAAGCGAGCUUAAGAGACUGGUGCCUGAAGUUCAGAACAACCAGGAGAUUCAACGGGGCUUCCAGGGUAAACUCCUUCCAUCUGUUUUUGUUGAGUUCCACACUCAGCAUGCAGCUCAAGCUGCUUAUCGACGGAUGACUCCCAAAAAGGCGCCGAACAUGUAUCCUCGUGCCAUUAGCGCAACUCCCAAUGAGAUCAUCUGGAGCAAUCUCAGCAUCACCAAGUCGCAAAGGAAAAUGAGGAAGCUUGCAACUACGACUUUCAUCGUUUUAAUGAUUGUCUUCUGGUCCAUUCCCGUUGCUGUUGUUGGUGCGAUCAGUAACAUCAAUUACUUAACGGACAAAAUUACGUUUCUGGAAUUUAUUAACGAUAUCCCUCCGGUGAUUCUAGGUGUCGUUACCGGUCUCCUGCCUUCAGUUGCACUUGCGAUUCUGAUGGCAUUGGUCCCGAUCGUGUGUCGAUGGAUGGCCAAAUUAGGUGGAGAGGUCACACACCCAGCUGUCGAGCUGAAAUGUCAAUCGUGGUACAUGGCUUUCCAGGUUAUCCAAGUGUUCCUCGUCAUGACAUUCUCGUCUGGAGCUGCUUCUACCGUCACAGCCAUUAUCAACGAUCCCGGCUCCGCAACGACCUUACUGGCGGAAAACUUGCCAAAAGCCUCUAACUUCUUCAUCUCGUACAUCAUUGUCAUUGGCCUGGGUGUUGCCGCUGGAAAUUUGCUGAAUAUCGGGGCUUUGGUCGGUUUCACAGUUCUCGGAAAGUUCCUCGACAAGUCCCCUCGCAAGAUCUUCAAGCGUUAUAUCACGCUCGCUGGACUCGGCUGGGGGUCUCUUUACCCUAAAUUUGGUAAUCUGGGCGUCAUCGCCCUUGCAUACUCAAUUAUCUCUCCUCUCGUCAUGGGCUUCGCUACUGUUGGCUUCGCAAUCAUAUACCUGGCCGUCCGCUACAACAGCUUCUUCACCUUGACCAACAACGUUGACACCCAUGGCGCUGCUUACGCCAAAGCAAUCCAGCAACUCAUGACUGGCGUCUAUAUCGGCGAAGUCUGCCUUCUCGGUCUCUUCGCUAUAAAUACUGCUCCAGGCCCCAUUGUUCUCAUGGCCAUCUUUCUGGCCGCAACAGUCAUCUACCACGCCAUGAUGCGCCAAGCUCUCAGGCCCCUGACCAUGUAUCUCCCCGAGAGCAUGGAAGGCCCAGAUCAAGUGUCGCUCUUCACAACCACCGACCAUAAAUCCUACGACCACUCCAAAGAUGGCGGCCCCCCCUCCGAAAUGCUCGUCUCGGAACCCAGGAAAUUCACCGCCCAGAAGGCGUCUUUCUUCCAGCAUCUCUUCGACCCGUCGAAGUUCAAGUCCCACGGCUCUGUCCGCUCUCUGGUGCCAAACUACCCGCCUCCGGCAUACACGCCCGAAGAGGAAGAGCUGGCGUACUACGACCCCGCGCUAACGAGCGAGGUGCCGAAGUUGUGGAUUGUGAGGGAUCCGAUGGGCAUCUCGCAGCGGGAAGUCGAGGAUUCUCUUGAGGUGGUGCCGAUCACCGACCGCUUCGCCAGCUUUGACGAAAAGAAUAAGGUGACGUGCGAUUUUGUGCGUCUGGAGGAUGCCCCUGUUUGGGAGAAGAGGGUUGACUACUAA